GUCAAAUGUUAACUUUAGUUCUAUUGAAGCUGAAGCUGUUCAAAGUCCAGCAGAUGCAGGAAGUAGAACAGCUGACUUGGCCAUUGAUGGUAGUGCAUCUUACAUUGAAGCACAGUGUGCAUCUACAGUUAGUGCUUCUAACCCAUUUCUCAGAAUUGAUUUAAAACGACCACAUUUGAUCACUAAGGUUGAUGUCAAGUUUUAUGAUAGUGGUGGAAAUAGAUCAACUGUACGUGUGGGAGGCAACUUGAUUAAUGAUUUCAAUUACCAGUGUGGGCCUCUUUUGUCAUAUGAAAACAAUUCUGGAGACUUUUACAGUUUUGUGUGCAGUAAGGCUCAACUUGGACAGUAUGUUGUUGUGAGUAUUAGCGGGACAGCUCAACUGCAGGUGUGUGAAGUUCACAUCAUCACAGACAAACUACUGGACAUAUAUGCAACAAGCUCUGUUACUGCAUCUUCACAGAUUGCUGGCAAUUAUCACCCUUGGAAAGCAGUAGAUAGAUUCACUUCUGCAACCAAGAACACAAUUUAUCGUUCACUUCGGUAUCAAAACCCAGAUGUGUACUGGAGACUGGAAUUGAUGGAAUUUGCAACUGUUUCUUUGGUGAAAAUAUCAUCAAUGAGCAAUUCUGGUCAACGUAAAGACUUAACUGGAACUACAGCAUAUAUUGGCAAUACGACAACCAACAGAGGAGAGGACAACACUAAAUGUGGAACAAUAUCUUCAACAACAGAUAUAGUUAUUUAUAUUCAGUGUGGCAAUCCGAUUGUAGGGAAGUACAUAUACUUGGUUGCUGUUCGUUCACUUUAUCUUGAUGAAGUUGAAUUUUACAAGCCAGGUUUGCCAAUUAUAACAAGUCAACCACAACCACAGCAAGUCACUCCUGGUUCAAACGCAUCUCUUGCCUGCUCGGCAGCUGGAACACCACUACCCUCCAUCACGUGGAAACAUGGAAUGACAGUUGCAAGUGGUGAAGUAUCUGAAACGGUUUCUAAUGCUUUUACAAUGACAAGCAUGCUAACAUUGACAUCUGUGGAACGAUCUAGAAGUGGAAAUUACACGUGUGAGGUAACAAAUUCUGAAGGAGCAAACAGUGCUGUGGUUCUUCUUACUGUGCUUUAUGCUCCUGCAGUAGCUGCAAUGAAUCAGUCUGUUGUUGCAUUGCAAGGAUCUACUGCCAUGCUGCAAGUAACAGUCUCAGGAGCUUCACCUGAUGUUCCAAACAAUGCUGCUAACAGAACAUGGUCUGGUCCAUCGCGGACAAUUACAACCAACAGCAAAUAUAACUUCUCUACAGAUCGAUACAUUCUGUUUAUAAAUGGUGUUGAUAUCACUGAUUCAGGAAACUACAAAUUUACAGCUUCCAAUCUUGUUGACAGUACAUCUAUUACAAUCACAUUGACUGUAGAAGCUGCUCCUGUUGUUAUUACCCAACCCGUCUCAUCAACAAUAAAUGCUUCUCAAACAGCAACAUUUGCUUGUGAAUUCACUGGAUAUCCUCCGUCAAAUGUCACAUGGGAAAGAAAUGGAAUCUUGUUACAACGUGGAAGUAGAAUACAAAUACACGAGAUGGGUAACUCAAUUACUGGUCGGACAAGCACAUUAACUGUGACAGACACGACAGUAGAAGAUGCUGGCAACUAUAUUUGCAAUGCAAGUAACUCAAGGGGCUAUGAAUUGAGUGUCUCAGUCUCUCUUACUGUCCAAGUGAAACCAACUUUAGUUGCGGUCAUGUUAUCUAUCAUGGUUCGAGAAGGCAGAACUGCUACGUUUACCGUCAGUAUCACCACAGCAAUUCCUACAGUGCUCAUCUCUCCAGGGUCUCGUAAAUGGCAAUUUUCUAAUGGUUCAACCAUCACUUCCAAUACACGAUAUAUCUUGUCCUCUGAUUUCUUAACUUUAUCCAUUCUCACGGUAACUUCUGCUGACCAUGGUAUUUACACUUUUCAAGCAUCAAAUGUUGUUGGAGUUGGGAAAGUAACUAUUACACUUUCUGUCACUUCAGGAAAGCCUUCUAUUGCACUGCAACCUAGUAAUGUUGAGGUAAAUAGUGGUGCAACAGCAAUGUUUACAUGUAAUGCGACAGCUUACCCACAACCUUCUUUCACAUGGAAACAUGGGUCUACUAAUUUGACAUCUACUGACGACAUCGGCAUAAGUGCAACUGUUGGCAGUGACCCUUACAGCAGUACUCUUACUCUGUCCAAUGUGCAGUCAUCUAAUGCAGGAGACUACAGCUGCCUUGCCAGUAACAAUAGAGGAAAUGCAAGUAGCCUUACUGCAUCUCUCACUGUAUAUGUUAAACCAGUUGCUACAGCUGUUAACAGCAGGGUGACCAGCACAAUGGGAAGCAAUGCUGUUUUGAAAGUCGCUAUUACAAAAGCUAAUCCAAUUGUUUUAAAUGACAAGAAAACUUGGCAAAAGGACGGAACAGAAUUGAAUGGAACAAAACACUCAUUUUCUAGUGACAGACUUACUCUGACCAUCAACAAUGUGGUGGCUAGUGAUGCAGGUAACUACGUCUUUACUGCCACUAAUCGAGCUGGUAGUGGGACAGCUACUAUAAUGGUCAUAGUUCCAGGACUUCCAGUGAUCACCCAAAAUCCAACCUUUAACGCUGUGAACAAAAGUGGAACUCUUGAAGUAACUUGCAGAGCGACUGCUGUUGGAACAGACCCUAAACCUACGAGUUUUAAAUGGAAACGUGAUGGAUCUGAGUUGAUGAUGAGCAGCAUGAGAAUAAGCUAUUCAACGGGAAGUCUUAAGGGAGAGCUUGUUGGCACUCUGGUGAUUACAACAGUAACAGUGAAUGAUAAUGGUAACUACAGCUGUAUAGCAGUCAGCACUGGUGGACAAACACAGAGUGCGUUGGUGACAUUUGAAUACCAUGUUCAUUGA